AAUUUUUAUUUUUUUAGUGGUAUUUUAAUUUUUAGCGAUUAUUACUUUAGCGAUUUAGGACGGGAACCUAUUUUUUUACCUGCAAAUGUUAGCAAAUGAACCUUUAAAUCUGGAAAAUGAUAUAUCGAGAAUUAUUAAUAUCCUAAAUCAAUUACAAAAGGUACCAGAUGCACCAGUUCAAAAAUUAAUAUCUUUAGAAAGUGUAUUAAAGAGUGAUUUUUUUAAUGCUGUGAGAGAGGUGUAUGAACACGUUUAUCAUACUGUAGAUAUUGAAGGGAGUCCAGAAAUAAGAGCAAAUGCAACAGCUAAAGCAACUGUAGCCUCGUUUGCCGCUAGCGAGGGUCUAUCUCACCCCCGGGUCGUCGAGUUGCCCAAAACAGCCGAAGGAUUGGGAUUCAACAUAAUGGGAGGCCAAGAACAAGCUUCCCCCAUAUUCAUAUCCAGAAUCAUUCCCGGGGGAGUAGCUGACAAACACGCCCUUAUCAAUUCGAAAGAAACCAAAGGUGACGGCGGCCUCAAAAGAGGAGAUAUGCUGAUAAGCAUCAACGGAAUAAGCGUUGAGGGUGACACUCACGAGAAGGCUGUUGAAUUGUUAAAAGCUGCAAAAGGCAGCGUCAAAUUAGUGGUUUGCUUCACGCCUAAACUAUUAGAAGAAAUGGAAAGAAGAUUCAGCAAACGAUAAAACAUUUUUAUAAUUUUUUUUAAAAAUUCAAGAUAUGAGAAAUUCGUCACAAAUAAUUUUUAUUGAUUUAUA